UGGUCCUGGAUGAAGAUGGAAGAUGUAGUCGGCUCCAAGAAGACUUCACCGCCGCCUGGAAGAGGACCUUCUCCGCCAGACUUAAGGAACGGUCCUCCAAGUGUCUUCUGUGCCAUGGGGGAUGCUAUAUCCAUUCACCUGGAUGAGAACAGGCGACAUCACAUCACUGAACGUACAGGAAAACUUCUAACAGAGUUUGGAAAGCUGUAUGAGGAACAGUACGGUGUUGCGCUCUUUAAUAGUGUGCGAUAUGAGAUCGAAGGCAACGGAGGUCCACAGACGCAACUGCUGCAUCGCAAGACACCAUUAAAGGACCAAGUGAUUUUUUCUGGGAACCUCUUCCAGUACAUAGAGGACACUAGGAAAUGGAGGAACCGCUUUUGCCUUGUUCCUCACCAUUAUGGCCCGGUGCUGUACGAUAACAAGCUGGCAUAUGAUCGCGGUCUGCAGCCCAGAGCGGGCAUCAACUGUGCUGGGUAUAAAGUCCUGACCUCAUUGGAACAGUACAAUGAGUUACUAAGCACCAUCUUGCCAGGGGGAAAAGGGAAAGCAGGCAACGGGCAGCUGAAAUGUGCUACUCAGUACCCAGUUAUCCUGUGGCAUGCAUACUGCAGACACUACCACUUCUGUGUAAUGAACGAGCGUGAACAGGAACGGUGGAGUGCUGUGUUCCAGGACUGUGUGCGGCACAGCAACAACGGUAUCCCUGAAGAGUCGCGGGUGGAGUCUGCAGCCUUUACGGAUUCUGUGCGUCUCUUCAGACAGGCACGGGAACAGUAUGGGACAUGGGACAUGCUGUGCGGAAACCAAGUGCAGGUCCUUAGUAACCUGGUUAUGGAUGAAUUAAUUCCUGAUCUCCAAAACAGCAUCAGCCCAAAACUAAAGGGCAAGCCCCAGGACAGGCAGCGCACAUGGUCAAUGAUUUCUGACACCAUUUACCGUAUGGUGCAUGAGCAGGCGCGGAUAUUUUAUGAAAGGUUGGCGCAGCGCUGCGCAGAUAACAGAGCAGAGAUGGAAAGUCAGAUUCGAACAGAUAUGGACCAGAUUAUUUCCUGCAAAGAACAUGUAUGCAGCAAGAUCCGAGCUGUAGUGUUGCCCAGGGCAGAGCUGUGUGCGCGGAACCAUGUACAGACACACAUCCCGUCCAUUCUGGAAGCACUAAUGGUGCCAACGAGCCAGGGUUUCUCUGAAGUACGAGAUCUCCUUUUCAAAGAGACUACAGAGAUGAACAUGAACCUGGUGAACGGAGGGGGGCGAGAGAAGCUGGCUGAGCACAUGGAUAAACUGUCCCAGCUAGCCUAUCACCCAGUGAAGAUGCAGCAGUGCUACGACAAGAUGGAUCAGCUGAACCUGGAAGGUCUGCAGCAGAGGUUUGAUGUUGGAAGUCCGGCCGUGUUCAAACAAAGAGCACAGAUUCUCAUGAGGGAGCAAGCGGACAAUGCCGUGUAUACAUUUGAACAGAUGGUGCACCAGGAGCUGGCCAAAUCGCCGGGAGAAGAGGACCUGUGCCGAGACAUCCAGCGUAUACUGGAGCGUGUGCUGAAGAAAUACGACUAUGACAGCAGUAGUAUCCGCAAGAAAUUCUUCCAAGAGGCUUUGCUACAGAUCAUCAUUCCAUUCUUAUUGAAGAAGCUAGCUCCAACAUGUAGAGGGGAACUGCCACGGUAUCAGGAACUCAUAUUCGAAGAACUUUCUCGUUUUGUGCUGGUGGAGAAUGUCUAUGAAGAGGUUGUGUUACAGUCAGUCAUGAGAGAUAUUGUGCAAGCUGUGAAAGAUGCUGCCACACAACGUAAACACAACCUGUACCGGGAUAGUAUGGUGAUGCACAACAGUGACCCUAAUCUGCACCUUCUUGGUGAAGGACAACCCAUUGACUGGAGCGAUGAGUACUCUGACACUACCACUGAAGGACGGCAACGCAGAUUGAGGCAAGUGGUGUCUAUAAUCCAGGAUGAUGAAGGACCUGAUAUACUAGAGUCCUGCCAAGAAGCUCCUACCCAUGAAGGCAUCCCAGAGGAGCCAGACUCCAGUGCGGUAUCACAGAUUAGGGGAAUGCUAGUUAAGGAAUUUGAUGUGGCUGUAGCAUCUAAUGAUAUCCCAAUUCAAGUACUGUCUACAGAAUCCAGCUUACAAGUUCCAGAGGAAGAUGUGGUACACAAUGACCAGUCACCAAAAGAACAUCUGAGAACUAUAGAUGAGCAGGAUUCCCAGGGCGAGGUGGCACAAGAUGAAGACUUGUUACAGACAAGCCAGCUGGUAGUACAAGAGCAAGAGCUUCACUGUAAUUCACAGGUAGAUGAGCCAGACGAAACGCAUAUUGGUGUACCAGUUAUUCACAGUGUGAACAUGGUACCAAAUCUUAAAGAACUGGUUCAGGCUUCCCAAGAAAUGACAGAAGAGGUUGAACAUUAUGUCCCAGAGGAGGAGCGUGAUAAUCACGUGGCAGAAUCUUACGAUUUAACACAUGGGGACAUGACUGCAUCAGAAGACACUCAUGAAAAUAAAAACGCUAACCAAGAUGUUGCACAAGAAGAAAACACAUCUCAAGACGAAAACGCAGUACAACCACCAGCUCAGACACUGCCCUGCCCAACAAGUGAGUUAAUUGCUACCAUCCUUGCACCUCCAGAAGGCAAGAGGCAGUCAUCACAAACACAACCCUCCCCUACAUAUUUGGUACAGUCCACACCUGAUGACAGCGGCUUCCAGUCUCCGUUGAGCGAGGAAGAGGAGGAGACAGAGGGGUACAGAGAGAUCCCAGUGCCUGCUCCACGAAAAAUAGAUGAAGUUAUCACACCAUUCUGAGACACUGAGCCAAGGACUAGGUUUUGGAACCAUGAACUUGUGGGAGGGGGGGUAAAUACAAUGCCAGGCUCUCCCUCCGUUGGCACAAAACUACUUAUUUAAAGGCUUUUUGGCUACGCUAAAUGCUCUGUGCCAGAGCUACUCUCUACAGUGCGAUCAGUCAUACCCCACUACACACAUUGCUAUUCCAUACUAAGCACUUUAAUCUCAUCUCAAACACUCUACCAUUCUAGACUGAUAUAUAUGUACUUUACCUACCAACUGCACCUCUUUGAUAUUUCUUAGCUACUUAUACUUUACUUCUCUUAAGUUAUGUUACUAACCCCUUGAUGCUAAUCACUAAACCCUGCACACCUCAGCUAUUGUCCACUUACAUCAAUAUAACACUUCUCAUCUAUAUGCAUCAUAUCCUCGUCACUCUACUCAUGACAUUCCAUUUCUUCAUUUUCCGUGUCACUACAUGUCCUCUAGAUUUCUCUGCCACUUUAGACGUGGCUUCUGCAUCACACGGCGGCCUGCCAUUCUACCACUAAAACACGGGUGUACAACAGUAUUCUACUUAUGCACACUAACUUGGAGAUAUAGCAGUGAUAUACAGCAUUUGUGAUGCUGACAGACUGCUGGUUUCUCACCCAGAUGUGUGAAACCUAUAGACUGAUUGUUACUCCUUGUGGUGAGUGUAAAAAAAAGAUAAAAUGAGGGUUUUAGUGUUUCUGGCAGAUAGAAAUGUUACCCUUGUGCGUGAGUGUGUGACAGAUUGAGUUUUACUUUUGUGUGUGAGACAGGCUAGGGAGUGCUACCCCUGUGUUUGAGACAUGUUGGGGAAUUUUACUGUGUGCGUCUAUUAAAGGACUCCUACCCCUGUAUUAGUGACUGACAAGCUAAGGAUUGCAUCACUAGGUGAGUGACAGAAUGAGGUUUCACCCCCCCGUGAGUGCAAAAGGCUGAGGUUCCUCCCCAUGACUGUGCCACAGUGAUGCCCCCCCGAGAGAUAUAGAGGUUUCUUCCCUCAUGAGAGAUACAGACUGAGGCCCCCCUUUUCUGAGAGAGACAGAAUGAGUUUCCUCCCCUACUGUGACAAAGACAAACCAGGUUUCUCCCCUGUGAGAGCAACCAUCUACCGUAUCUUCUUUGUAUUGAGUGGCAAACUGAGGGUUUAUGACACUGACCUUCAAUGCACAGCUUCUAUAGGAUAUUUUUAUGGGGUACCCCCUUUUUGAGACCAAAUAGUGCCUUUGUACCUCAUAAAUGUCUUGCUUCUUCCAUUAAAAUCUAUUUUAUUAAGAAUUCCAGAUGUUUUAAAUAAAAAAAAAGCUUCUAAUAAUAAUAAAUAAAAAAAACCUUUAUUACAA